GGAAGUAAGAAAAAGCACAUGGCAUAUCCGCAAUGUGUUGUUGAUACUUUGGCGGAUUCCAUUUGUUGAUUCUCCUUGCGAAGUAACUGCCUGUCUGCCUCUCUCUCAUACCUUGUUCUUUUCUUUGAUCUCUUAUAUUAUAUAUGCGUAUAUCACAGUUCCCACUAAUCUAAUUUUUCUUUCGCCAUGACGGCUUCUUCUGAGAAUUGCGUCGAAAGUAGCAAGAGUUCUCUCACCGGACUUGCUCCACUCGAAGCGGUGCUCUUUGAUAUAGAUGGAACUAUUUGUGAUUCUGAUCCACUCCACUACUAUGCUUUCCGUGAAAUGCUCCUAGAGAUUGGUUUCAAUGGAGGUGUUCCCAUAACAGAGGAAUUUUUUAUUAAGACUGUUGCUGGCAAGCACAAUGAUGAUAUUGCCUUGGAUCUCUUUCCUGGUGAUAUGGAACGGGGUUUAAAGUUUGUAGAUGAAAAGGAAGCCAUGUUCCGGAGAUUGGCGGCUGAGCAACUGAAGCCUUUGAAUGGCCUCUAUAAAGUGAGGAAAUGGAUUGAAGAUCGUGGGUUGAAGCGAGCUGCAGUUACCAAUGCUCCAAGAGCAAAUGCAGAACUUAUGAUCUCAAUACUAGGUCUCUCAGAUUUUUUUGAAGCUCUUAUCAUUGGUGGUGAAUGUGAACAUGCCAAGCCUCAUCCAGACCCCUACUUGAAAGGUCUUGAAGCUCUCAAGGCAUCAAAGGAUCACACAUUUGUAUUUGAGGAUUCCGUUUCAGGGAUCAAAGCUGGAGUGGCAGCUGGGAUGCCUGUUAUAGGUUUAGCUACCCGAAACCCAGAGCAUUUACUGAUGGAAGCAAAGCCUGCCUUUCUGAUUAAGGAUUAUGAAGAUCCAAAACUAUGGGCAGCUUUGGAAGAACUUGACAAGGCAGGUGCUCGUUAAGUUUGAAGUACUAAUGCAACCAACAGAGUUUCUUGGUAAAAGCAGGUCUCAUAUUCAAUUCACAGGAUCACCUGCAUAAUUUUAUUACAGGGGGCAACAUUAUUAUACUAGUAGUCCAUAAUCAAUGGUGCUUUGGAACACCGAGAGCAAACUGUUAUAUUCUAUUUAUAUUUUGCAAUAAUGUCAUUGUCGGCUAUGAAAACUCGGGUCAAGCCCAAGGAAAUUGCAAUACGCAAGUGUACUA